GAGUGCACCAGCUAAAAAUGAGGAUCCAGUUGAUAAGUCUGACAACAUCCUCGAAGUCAUCCCAAGACCCAAAGCUCAAUUUCAUGGCCGCCCGCGCUGAGCCAGGUUGUGGUUCUGCUGGUGGUUUCUUCCUGUUAAAGGGAGUUUUUCCUCUCCACUGUUGCUACAUGCAUGCUGAGUUAUCGUAAAGCCAGUGACUCAACUCCAUCUGAGGGCUCCCUUAGACAGAAAACUAGAAUAGGAAUGGAUGCAUGAUUGACUUGAGAUGACGUGUUGUGAUUUGGUAUUGUAUCAUUAAACUGAAUUAAACUGAGUCUUCAUCAGUUCCAGAAACAUUCAUGCUGCAAGGCGACGUGGCGGUUCCUAAAGCUACCAGCAGGAAUGCAGACUCCUGCUACCUGAAAGGCUGCAAGUGGCCCAAACGUGGAUCCUAUGUCCGUGUGCCCUACUACAUCUCUACUAGCUACACUCAAGAAGAACGUAACGUCAUUCUUGGAGGACUUGAGAUAUUUGAGCUGACCACCUGCAUUCGCUUCGUCCCGUACAGCAGCAACGAUCGGGACUUUAUCUACUUCAAAUCAGAGGAGGGGUGUUGGUCCUUCGUAGGACGUCAGAGGGGAGGACAGUUCAUCUCCCUGGAUAAAGAUGGAUGUUUGGAGCAUGGUACAGUUCAGCAUGAGGUUCUUCACGCUCUGGGUUUCCACCAUGAGCAGGUCCGCUCUGACAGAGACCGUUACGUUUGGAUUUAUCCCCAAAACAUUAACCCAGGAGCAGAGAACAAUUUCAAAAAAGAAGUGACCAACAACUUGGGAACUCCCUACGACUUCACCUCUGUCAUGCAUUAUGGAAAAUAUGCAUUCUCCAAAAAUGGGUUGCCUACCAUCAUUGCCAAGUCCAAUCCUAACUUUAACUGGGGGCGAGCCACUAAGAUGAGUACCUACGACAUCGCCCGCGUCAACACGCUUUACAGAUGCAAAUAAAAUCUCCUGAAGAAACAACAGCCAAUAGUCAAGAAUUGAUCUGCUGCAAGAAUAUAAUCAGCUCAUAAAAAGUUAAACUGCAAAAAUCUGGCCACUUUUUAAAAAGAUCAUCUGGAGCCACCUGCUGGCCAAAGGUUACAUUGCAUCUCAUGUAAAUGGGAGUUUUCUAACCCAGAUUUAUUAAAAGCUUUGAUUUGAAUUUGCUUUUUGCUUUUUGCUUUUUACUUUGCAGAGAGGCUGGAAUAAAAUCAUGGUUUUGAUUAUAAA